AUGUUAGUAUGGAUCAGAUGGGGGGUGCACGGUUCGCCAAUGUGUACACUAGGUGACUUCGAUGACCAGGUGCAGUACUUGCUGGUUAGCGAGAUGCUGGAUCCCGUAGAAAUCCAACAAAUAGACCUAAUGAUUGUUAAAUUUCAAGAAAAGCUACGGACUCGAUGGGAUGGUGCUAAUUUACUUUUGUACGGUUCACUUAUGAUUGGGAUCGGACUUAAGACCAGUGAUGUGGACCUCUAUCUGCGAAUACCUAACUACAACAAUACAGCAGACGCCUACGUUAUCUACGAAACCGCCAAACUAUUGCACACAGAACCUAGCAAAUACAGUAACAUCCAGCUGAAAUAUAACGCGGUAGGGCCGAUGAUAACGUUUUACGAUCAUUCGACUAAACGGUUCAUCGAUGUCAGUUGCAACGGUAGAGUUAGGAUGGAGAAGUUGAGACUGAUUGGCUAUUACCUAAGGUUGGAUAAACGACACAUACAGUUAACUACUAUCGUCAAACUCUGGGCCAAAGUUAACAAAUUGACAGGUGGCACUCUCUAUAGUUACUCUGUGUAUUUACUCGUGGUCUUCUAUUUACAACAGAAGAAAAUGGCGCCUUCAGUUUACGAAAUGCAAGCCAGUAUGCCACCAGGUUUGCUUCGAAAAUAUAACACCGAUUAUGAGAAACUGCCAUUCACGGUGGUCAAUAACGAAACCCUUUAUGAUUUACUGGGAGGGUUUUUUAAAUAUUACGCAGAUUUUAACUACGAAGAGUACUGCGUCUCACCACAUGUCGGACGUCCAGUAGCUAAGAUUGAUUUCGAUAGUGAGAAGACUGCUCCCAAAGAGUUUUUAUUGUAUGAGGAAUAUAUGGAAACAGUGGCAAUCCAACCGAUGGUAAAUGAGGUCCUUUGCGUUCAAGACGUUUUAAGCCAUAGAAAUAUUCUACGAAAGGCUAACGCUGAAUUUGAUUCACACUUUAUAAAUAUAUUCAAAGAUGCUGCGAAAAAAUAUGAUGAGAUCCCUAAAGAGAAGUUUCUCAGGUCCAUAUUUAAGGUAGAUGGUGACAAAGAUAUAUCAAAAGAAGGUGAAAAUGUUGAAGUUUACGAAACUCUGAAAUUAAUAGAUUGUUUUGACAAUGUGUAA